AUGGCUAAAAUUACUAGGCUUGAGGUUGAGAAUACUGAUGUUAAAGCCAAGUAUAAUGAGGCUAUGAAUGAGGUUAUGAAGCUAAGGGCCGAGCUCAAGAGUAGAAUCGAGGAGCGUGAUGAUGCAAUUGCUGAACUUAAGGCUGAAGUAAUGAAACUAAGGGAUAACAAUGAGAUGAUCAAACAGCCAACCCAAGAUAUUUCUCCCGAGGAAAUUGUUAAUGUACCUAGCUCUGUUGAUAAUGCUUCUGAGGUUUCAUCCAAAUCUAAAAUUCAAUUUUCUUACAUGAGUAAGCAGAAGACAUUGGAAGAUAAAGAGACGGACGCUUUCUUAAA